AUGGAGUCGGAAUCGAUAGAAAAGAAGGCGGCGCCCGCUUCAGCCGGUGCCGCCACCAGCGAGCGGCUACCUACGUCCGCUCCUGACGCGCCCACCGGCGGAGAGGAGGACCAGGCGCAUCUCGACGCCAAACUGCGCCCGGAGAGGGAAGCAGCUUUUGGCGACUACCUCAGAAUCUUUUCGUAUGCCCAGAAAUGGGAUUUCGUCCUCCUAGUCGCUGCCGUACUGGCGUCGGGGGGAUCUGGUGUCACUCUCCCGUUGAUGAACGUAGUUUUCGGCGCACUGGUCGGCGACUUCAGUGGUUACUUUCUUCCCGUCCCGACUCAGACAGAAGCUCAGUUCAGGGCUUCUUUCAACAGGAAUGCGCUGUACAUCUUCAUCCUCUUCCUUGGAAGAUUCAUCCUGACCUACAUCAAUAAGUUUUGCUAUCGGUUGAUCGGCAUUCGAAUGUCUGCCGCCAUCAGACUCGACUACCUUCGCUGUCUUUUCGGCCAGACGAUCCACGUCCUGGAUUCGAUGCCCCCCGGCGCCGCCGCGGGGACGAUCACGGCAACGGCAAACACGUUACAGCUGGGAAUCUCGGAGAAGCUUGGUGUCUUUGUCGAGUUUGUGGUUACCAUCAUCGCCGCCACCGUCAUCGCUUUCGUCUACAGCUGGUCUCUGGCCCUUGUCACCUGUUCCGUCCUCCUCUUCACCGUUCUCACCGUGUCCAUCAUCAUCCCGUUUUACGUCAAGGGUACGACCAGGGUGACCCGGGCCGAGGCCAAAUCAUCCUCGGUGGCUAGCGAAGCCUUCUCCGCCAUUCGCAUGGUAACCGCGUGCGGCGCCGAAUCCCAAAUUUCCAAACGAUUCAACGUCUGGGUUGAGUCGGCCAGGAGACACGGCCAGAGGACAUCGCCUCUGAUCGCUCUCCAGUUCGGCCUGAUCUUCUUCGCCUUCAACGGUGCAUUUGGGCUGGCAUUCUGGUUUGGGGCCAAGUCGUUCCUCGACGGCACUCUCAACGGCAAUGUGGGCACUAUCGUCGUCGUGCUUAUGUCGGUCAUGAUGAUGGUUAUAUCUCUCGAACGAAUCUCGACACCGCUCAUUGCAGUCGGCAAGGCGACGGUAGCUGCUUGCGAGUUCUUCACUGUUAUCGACGCACCCCGACCAGAAACCGGCGAGCUCAAGGAGCCUGAAGUCUCGGCGACCAGCGACAUUAUAUUCAAGGGUGUCGACUUUGCCUACCCUAGCCGACCGCAUGUCAAGGUCUUGGAUCAACUGGACCUUCGGAUCGAGACGGGGAAAAUCACUGCGAUCGUUGGACCUUCGGGAUCGGGUAAGAGCACGAUAGUCGGCCUUGUCGAGCGGUGGUAUACCCUUCAUGAUCAAUACAUAAUCGCAAAGGCUAUCGAAAAGGACGUCGCCAAGGAGAAAAACGCGAAGAAGAAGGGUAAGGGAAAGAAGAAAGAUGGCGAUUCGGACGACGAGAAACCAGUCCCUGACCUUGAAGAAACCGGGCCGCCUGUCGAGCUGAAAGGUUCUAUAUCCACGUGCGGGCACGAGCUGAACGAGAUCGACUUGAAUUGGUGGCGGUCUCAGAUUGGGCUCGUGCAGCAGGAACCAUUCCUGUUCAACGAUACUGUUUACAAUAAUGUUGCGCACGGAUUGGUGGGCUCAGCCUUCGAGAACGAGAGCGAAGAGCGGAAGAGGGAGCUUGUAAAAGAGGCUUGCAAGGAGGCCUUUGCGGACGAAUUCAUCGACCGUCUCCCCGACGGCUACGAAACCCUCGUCGGCGACAGCGGCACGAAACUCUCGGGCGGACAGCGACAGCGGCUCUGCAUCGCCCGCGCCGUCAUCAAGCGGCCGAAGAUUCUGAUCCUCGACGAGGCCACGUCGGCGAUCGACGUGCGCGGCGAGCGUAUCGUCCAGGCCGCACUCGACAAGGUAUCGCAGGGACGGACCACCAUCACCAUUGCGCACCGGCUCUCGACAAUCAAGAAGGCCGACACGAUAGUAGUCCUGAAGAAGGGCCGGGUGGUCGAGCAGGGGACGCACGAAUCCCUCCUGCGGGAUGAGGCCGGCAUCUACUAUGGCCUUGUUCACGCCCAGCAGCUCUCGCUCGGCGAGUCUGGUGACGAUGACUCCGACGGCCACGAGGAGGAGGAUCUGGGCUCGGGCCUCGACCAUAAGAAGAGCGCCGCGCUGUCCGACACCGCGAAUCUGCCGCAGUCGGCCGGAUGGGAGAACAAGGGCUUGUUCGGGAGCUUCGGGCGGCUGCUGCACGAGCAACGAUCCCGCUUCCCGCUCUACGCGAUCACGAUAGCUUCCGCCAUGGCUAGUGCUGCCUCGACCCCUCUUCAAGCGUUCCUCUUCUCGAAGAUCAUCGUGGUCUUCUUGUUUGUGGACGACCCGCCCAGGUUCACGUCCGAGGCGAACUUCUGGUCCUUGAUGUGGCUCGUCCUCGCCAUCUGCACCGGCUUCGCGUACUUCGUCCUCGGCUUCGCGUCGAACCAUCUCGCUCACUUCAUCUCCGCGACGUACCGACAGCAGUACUUCGAGGGCAUGCUGCACCAGCGGAUCGCCUUCUUCGACAACGAGGAGAAUUCGCCGGGCUCUCUGACGGCGCGCGUCGGCGGUGACCCCAAGCAGCUGGAGGAACUUCUCGGCAUGAACAUGGCCAUGGCCUAUAAUGCACUCUUCACGGUUAUCGGCGCGCUUAUAAUCGCGUUCAUAUUUGGGUGGAAGCUUGCGCUCGUGGCGAUGUGCGUGACGAUGCCGUUGGGUUUGCUGGCGGGGUAUCUGCGGCUGCAGUACGAGCUGGAGUUCGAGGCGAUGAACGCGGCCGUGUUCGCCGAGUCGUCCAAGUUCGCGGCCGAGUCGAUCUCCGCGUUCCGCACCGUCGCGUCGCUGACGCUCGAGGGCGCCAUCGGCGCCCGCUACGCCGCCCUCCUCCAGGGCCACGUCGCCUCCGCGGGCCGCAAGGCCCGCCUCCGCACCCUCGUCUUUGCCUUCUCCGAGAGCAUCGGCCUCGGCUGCCAGGCCCUCAUCUUCUGGUAUGGCGGCAUCCUCCUCGCCACCCGCGAGUACGACGCGUAUCGCUUCUUCCUCUGCUACAUGGCGGUCAUCCAAGGCGCCGAGUCCGCGGGCCAGGGCUUCGCGUUCGGGCCCAACGCGGCGCAGGCGGCGGCGGCGGCGAACCGGAUCCUGAGCAUCCGGGAGUCGCGCGAGAAGGGGCGGCGGCAGGACGGAGCGGCGCCGGACCGGAUCCCGGACACGGAGGGCGGGGUGCGGAUCGAGCUGCGGGACGUGCACUUCCGGUACCCGACGCGCGACGUGCCGAUCUUCCGGGGGCUCAGCCUGACAAUCGAGAAGGGCCAGUUCGCGGCGCUGGUGGGGGCGUCGGGGUGCGGCAAGACGAGCAUCGUGUCGCUGCUGGAGCGCUUCUAUGACGUGCAGCGGGGCCAGAUCCUGGCCAACGGGCGGGACAUCGCGACGCUGGACGUGCGCGACUACCGGCGGCACCUGUCGCUGGUGGCGCAGGAGCCGAACCUGUUCUCGGGCACGCUGCGCGAGAACAUCCUGCUCGGCGCCGCGGUCAGCGACGACGCGCUGCACGCCGCCUGCCGCGACGCCAGCAUCCACGACUUCGUCGCGUCGCUGCCCGACGGCUACGACACCGAGGUCGGCAGCCGCGGCGUGUCGCUGUCCGGCGGCCAGAAGCAGCGCGUCGCCAUCGCCCGCGCCCUCGUCCGCCGCCCCGACGUGCUCCUCCUCGACGAGGCCACCAGCAGCCUCGACUCCGAGAGCGAGCGCCUCGUCCAGCGCGCGUUCGAGCGCGCCGCCCGCGGCCGCACCAUGGUCGUCGUCGCGCACCGCCUCGCCACCGUGCAGAACGCCGACGUCAUCUUCGUCCUCGGCGAGGGCCGCGUGCUCGAGAAGGGCUCCCACGCCGAGCUGCUGCGCCGCAAGGGCGUGUACUGGAAUAUGUGCCAGAGCCAGGCCCUCGACAGGUGA